GCCGGGGCGGGGAGUCACAUGAGCAGCUGCCUGAGCUUGUCCUGCUCGGUUGGCGAAGAGCUUCGGCUGGGCCUGGCGGGGGCGAGGCUUCCCAUGGCCGCCAAUUUCUCCCUCCCCGCACCCCCAACUGCUUGGCUAGCUACAGGUUUGAGGGAGCAGCGGCCGAGUGACCACCUGUGAGGAGCAUGCGCGCAACGAAGGAGGAUAUUCUGUGAAAUCAUAGGAAAUGGAUCUAGUCUAUUUGAAAUGCUUGCUUCAACAACCUAAUGGAAGAGUCUUUUUGAAGAUUGUGGCAGAAGUUUUUUAAAUUUUUGAGCUUCUACCUGCUAUGGAACAAAGUGAGAAUCAAGAAGCAUCCUCAUCAGAGAUUCAAGAUGAUAGCAAAAGCAAUACAAGACUUCUGCCUAGCCUGGCUGCUGCUGUCAAAGGGGAAAUAAAGAAACAUGCAGUUACAGAUGACUAUAAAAUCUCUAAACGGGUUUUGGGCCUUGGUAUUAAUGGAAAAGUAUUGGAAUGUUUUCACAAAGUGACAGGACGGAAAUGUGCUUUAAAGCUCUUAUACGAUAGCCCAAAAGCACGACAGGAAGUGGAUCAUCACUGGCGAGCUUCGGGCUGUCCCCAUAUUGUCCAUAUCUUGGAAGUUUACGAGAAUAUACACCAUGGGAAGAGAUGCCUUCUAAUCAUCAUGGAGUGCAUGGAGGGAGGGGAACUCUUCACUCGAAUCCAGGAGCGAGGAGAUCAAGCUUUCACAGAAAAAGAAGCCUCCGAAAUAAUGAGAGACAUUGGAACAGCCAUCCAACAUCUUCAUGGGAUGAACAUAGCUCAUAGAGAUGUCAAGCCAGAAAACCUUCUUUACACAUCCAAAGAGAAAGAGUCAGUGCUUAAACUCACAGAUUUUGGGUUUGCUAAAGAGACAACCAUACAGAAUGCACUGCAGACUCCUUGUUACACUCCUUACUAUGUAGCCCCUGAAGUACUUGGUCCUGAGAAAUAUGACAAAUCUUGUGAUAUGUGGUCUCUUGGUGUUAUCAUGUAUAUUCUUUUGUGUGGGUUCCCUCCAUUCUAUUCCAAUACUGGCCAAGCCAUUUCCCCAGGAAUGAAAAGAAGAAUUCGGAUGGGGCAAUAUGGAUUUCCAAAUCCUGAAUGGUCAGAGGUAUCUGACGAAGCCAAGCAGCUCAUUCGUCUAUUGCUGAAAACUGACCCAACAGAGAGAAUGACCAUUUCUCAAUUUAUGAAUCACCCCUGGAUUAAUCAGUCCAUGGUGGUGCCACCAACCCCUCUUCACACUACUCGAGUCCUGCAAGAAGAUAAAGAUCACUGGGACGAAGUGAAGGAGGAAAUGACUAGUGCUUUGGCAACCAUGAGAGUAGACUAUGAUCAAGUAAAAAUUAAAGAUUUGAAAAUAUCCAACAAUCGACUCCUCAACAAACGGCGUAAGAAACAAAAGCAAGGAGGCACCUCAACUGCAUCAGCUGGCUGUAACAACCAAUAAAGGCGAGAGAAAUAAAAUGAAAUAAUUAGUUGAACUAAAAUCAUCACACAAAGGAUACAUAACUGAAACACAAAUGUGGAUGAUAAGAACCUUUUAUUUCAACACACUGGGCCUUUUUCUACAACGAAUUUUGUUAAUCAUUAUAUUAUAUUUUAGUAUACUUUAUCUAAGGAGCUGCAAGAAACCUUAGAAUAUCAGUGAAGUUUGGAUAAAUAAAUAUUUCUUGUGGUAAUGCGGGUUCAGUGCUUACAAAAGCACAGUCACAACAAGCAAUUCUAAAUCCCUUUUUUCAUAUAAAGCAAUUAGAGCAUCCAUUUCCUUAACUCUCAGAUGAUGUAAGGACAUAAAUGUGAUUAAUUUAGACUGGAUUAUGCUGAAUCCAUUCAAGAGAAAUAGAUUAAACCAUGCAUAAAGUAAAGGAGUAAAAAAAAAUCAGAUUAUUUACAAGAAGCAAUCAGAAAGUUAUGAAAAAGUAAGUUUUUCAUAUAUUUUUGUUGAUUUUCAUUGUUCAUUUCUAUUGUAUUUAAUGUUCUUAUCACGUUAAUGCUCUUAUUUUAUACACUGUCCAUCUGUAUAAGGAAGUAUUGCUUUUUAGUCUUUGGGAAAUAUUUACAAUUUAAGGCUUAAGGGAUUAUUACAAGCUUGCUUCCAUUCUUCCAUUCAGAUCAUGGAGGUAAGAACAGUGUAGUUAGUCAUAUGUGAAGUGGGCACACCUUUUUAAAAAAAAUCACAGGAAACUUCCGCUGGCUGUCUUGUGGGAUCCACAAACAGGUAUGGGUGCAAUUGCUACAUUUUACUAUUUAGAUGUUCCAUUUCCUUGUUUACAUAUAGGCCAUAAUUUAUUUUUAUCACAGAUUUUUUUUUCAAAUUGUUUACUUUUUAAAUUAAGUAUCAAAGAUUAAUGUAUAGCAGUAAUCAACCAAAAUAUCAUUGUUUAUGUCAGCAUCCACAACUUUGCAUGAAGAUUUUAGCCGAAAUAUUACCCAGUUCAGAAGGAAAUGAUUCCCAGAUGCAUUAUGAAUUUUACUAAAAGAACCAUGAUAUAGCUAUCAGGUUGAAGAUAGAGGGAACAUUUUUUACAUUCUUUUCCAGCAAUACAGAGCUUCAAAUGGUCUGAGGUUGACAUGGUAGCAACAUCAGAGAGGACAGGGGUAGAAUUAUUGCCACCCCUUUCCUUCUUGUGAUGUUAUUUUU